GAUGUGGAGUGGUCAUUAAUGCAUCAUAGUGAAUAACAAAUUAAACCGUUAUUUUCUAAGUAGAUUGCAUCUUAUUCGGUGUAAUUUGAUUACGUACUUAUAGUUAAACAGUUAAAAGUUUGUGCUAAAUACACGAAUCAAUGGAUUGAUGGCAGAUUGAAGUCGUGUUCUUGAAAUCCCUGUUGUGCAUUUAGAAUUCGUAUUCUGCAUAAAGCUUACCAUCAUUCCGGCGCAAUGUCGCACAAGUCUUUCGUUCUGAUUGCUACACUGGUCGUCAACGUGCUAAUUGAUAGUGGCAAUGCCUGGACCGCGCGUGGCUGUGUCGACCUGGACUCGUCCACGUUCGAUAAGGUAACGAGUAAAUUUCGUUACAGCCUGGUAAAGUUCGAUACAGCCUUCCCGUACGGUGAUAAGCAUGAAGCAUUUACGAACCUUGCACUCGCAACCGUCGAAGCCACGGAUGACCUUUUGUUUGCGCUAGUUGGCAUAAAAGACUAUGGUGAGCAGGAUAAUGCUGAUCUGGGCAAACGUUUCAACAUCCCUAAGGAGUAUCCGGUGAUAAAGCUGUUUAUGGGCGACAGCAAAGAACCGAUAGAUUUCCCGCUAGGCGAGGAAAUGACCAGCGAAAAUUUACGCAAGUUUCUAAAGCGCAACACUGACCUAUACAUCGGAUUGCCGGGAUGCGUUCAGGCGUUAGAUGAGCUGGCGCUAAAGUUCAUGAGUACAGAUGAUGCGACGGAACGGCAAACUAUUAUUGUAGACGUGGAACGUGCCGAGCAAGGAAUGGAAGAACUAGACCCGACGAAAAAGUCCUACCAGAUGUAUCUAUCUUUGAUGAGGAAGGUUGUAAAAUCGAUCCAGCCACCGAUGGAUGUUAUAAGCGAGGAGAUGCAACGGGUCGAGAAGUUACUGUCGGAAAAGCUGAGCGAUGCGAAGAAGGCUGAGCUAAAGUUGCGCAUCAACAUUAUGCUUUCGUUUAGUGUGCUAAACAGCGCGCUAAAAUAUGAGCGAACAGAACUUUAG